UUUUACCCUAUUUAAAACUCUGUUAUUCGUUUGUGCGUGUCACACUUUCUCCAUUAUUUUGCAUUGACUGCAACUUUUUUUUUCCUCUUUACUUCUUUCUUUUGUGUCUUUGUUUUUUUUUUACACCUAUCCAGUCCGCAAACAGCAAAUAAGAACAUGGAUAGCGAUGACUUGGUUUCGAUCAUAAUAGCACUUUUUGGUGGAUUUAUUGUCGUUUACGGCUUGUAUUCUCUCGCCAUCAAAGAGAAACUAUACAUAUCCGAAGCAGUGCUGGCGACAUUAUGUGGAAUGCUCUUCCGUUUAGCAGCAACACAAGACUCGAUGCCGGUUUGGGAGCAUCAAAAUGACUUGAACCGACAGUUUAGUCGGAUCGUUAUUGCUGUGCAAGUGAUGGCUACCGGUGUUGCGUUACCGAAAAAGUAUCUAUGGAAAGAAUGGAAAUCGAUGUUCAUGCUGCUCGUGCCCGUGAUGAGCUGGAUGUGGAUGGUCAGCGGUUUGUGUGUCUGGUGGAUGAUACCCAACCUGAAAUUUUUGGAAGCCUUGAUGAUUGCAUCAUGUUUUACGCCAACCGAUCCAGUACUUGCCAACUCGAUCGUGCAAGGGCGCUUCGCGGAAAAAUACGUUCCCGUUCAUAUUCGCAAUAUGCUGGCUGCAGAAAGUGGCGCUAAUGACGGUUUAGGAUUCCCGUUCUUAUUCCUUGCCACUUACUUGAUCCAACUAUCGGCCGGCAACGCUUUGUUGGAAUGGAGUUAUCAUAUCAUGUUUUAUGAGAUUGCAUUCUCGAUCGUGUGUGGCAUAGCUGUUGGUUAUUUGGCACGGAAAGUACUCCGAUUCUCCCAUGAAAAGAAACUAGUGGAUGAAGAAUCAUUCGCUGUAUAUCCACUUGUGCUUGCAUUGUUCUUGACGGGAGCCGUAGGACUUUUGGGAAGCGAUGACCUGUUGGCUUGUUUCAUCGCAGGAAACGCGUUCACAUGGGACGGAUGGUAUCACGUCGAAACCAAAAACGCAGCUGGUGUGAUGCAAGCCAUGGAUAUGUUAUUGAACUUGGGCAUGUUCAUGUACAUUGGUUUCAUCAUGCCAUGGACAUCGUGGAUCGAGUUGGGUUUGUCACGACUUUUGUUACUUGCAGUACUGGUUCACCUGUUCCGUCGUCUACCCGCAAUGCUACUGGCAUAUAAAUUCAUUCCGUCGAUUCGAUCCUUUUCUGAAGCCGUGUUUUCUGGCUGGUUCGGUCCCAUGGGUGUGGGAUCCGUGUUUUAUUGCGCAGUAGCAGUCGAGAUCAUGAAUGCUGACGGCAAUAGAAGUAUCUCAUAUGAAGCCGCACAAUAUCUUGAACCAGUCGUGUAUUUCAUUGUUCUGUCAUCCAUUAUUGUACAUGGUCUCAGUAUCCCCGUAUACCAAGCAACCAAGCACACAGUCAAGCAUGUUGCUGCUGUGCGACAACAAGGAGGUCAUCAUUAUUCUGAUCUGGAACGUGCUCCGAUCAAUUAUGGUCGUAGCGCUAGUUAUGGAUCAUCUUCGUCUGAGUAGCGUCGUCAACUGCUGUUGGUGCAGCUUGGAACACAUACUACACACAUAGCAUAUAUACAUAUACCUUGUUUUCUUGGUUACUUCUCUUUCCUUUUAGCGUUCAUCAUUUCUACAUAUAGAUUGAGUAUACCCUCAUCUCAAACCCCUCACUUGUUAUCAAUUGUAGCUUUAGCAAGAGAUUAUAAAUAUAUGUACUUAAUCCACAAUAACAUGAUAAUCAAAGUGGGCAACAAACAAAAAUUCAAAGACCGGAGGAAGUAAGGGCGGGGCGAUGGGCGGGUGGUCCGAGCCGGGGCUGAGCUUGACAAGUGAGAGG